AGUCAUCGUGACUAGACGCGACAUUUACCCGUUGCCGUGAGUCACCUCGACUCGAACGCGAAAUACCUUGCAGUCCAGCCAUAGUAAGACAAACAACAAUAUCGGCGAGCGGUAUUUCCACGCGAUCUGUUUGUUAUAGCAGUGAGAGUCCGCGUUGCACUUUACACAGCGUCUACAUUCUACAAUCGAAAGUGGUUUCCCACUCUGAGCCGUUGACGAAGUGUAGCAUGAAAUAAAUCAGUGCCGCUUCAUUGAGCGCAAAACAACAAACCAUCCCCUUAUGUAAGGUUAUAAGACGGUGCGAAGUAGUCCAUCAUACCCACUCACAGUACUCACACGCACAAGCACCAUGUGGAGUCAAAGAUUGGCGACGACGUCGGGUGUCUUGAAGUUGCCGCUGCUACUGGCGAUAGUGGUGACCUUCACACAGUGGCCAAUUCAACAGAUCGAUGCCCAAUUUACCGUUGACCAAAUGAGAGUUGUAUCCAAGUCAAACAAUGACACACACUUUCGCCAGACGAUGAAAAGAAUUUUGAAGCCUCGUAUCGUUGGUACCGCUACGCAUGACGAAGUCAAACGAUAUAUCGUUGAGCAGCUGAAACAGCUGCAGUUCACCGUUGAACUGGACGAGUUUAACGACAAGACCCCCCAUUUCGGAAGACUGAAAUUUUCUAACAUAGUGGGGAAACUUAACCCGGAUGCGGAUAAAUACCUAACUCUUGCAUGCCACUAUGACAGUAAAUACUUCCGGGAGCAUGCUUUCGUUGGGGCCAUAGAUUCGGCCGUGCCUUGUGCGAUGAUGUUGAAUCUUGCGAAAACUACGGAAUCUGCGCUAAACUUGCUCCGGAACAACACAGAUCUUAGUCUGAUGCUGGUCUUCUUCGAUGGAGAGGAAGCCUUCAGAAAGUGGUCUGCAACCGAUUCUUUGUACGGAUCCCGACAUCUUGCAACCAAGUGGACCACAAUGCCGUACGUUUCGAAAACUUUAGGAAAGUCAAUGCGUGAAAUUGACAGAAUUCAACUGAUGCUUCUGCUGGACUUGAUCGGGGGAGAGAACCCCAAAUUUUACAACUUUUUCGAUAACACAAAAAAUUAUCAUCGCAGAUUGAGCGACAUCGAGUCAAACCUCAGGAAAAACCGGCUCUUGUUGAAGGAUCCUAAAAGUAACGAGAUGUUCGUCGAUCGGUCUUCGUUCAGUAGGAUAGAAGAUGAUCAUUUACCUUUUUUGAAAAGAAAUAUUCCAAUUCUUCACCUAAUACCAGUCCCAUUCCCAAAACAUUGGCACAAACCGGAAGACACCGAGGAAAAUGUUAACCUUCGAACUGUUGGUAACAUUAACAUGAUUUUGCGCGUAUUUAUGUUGGAAUACCUCACAUAUUGUAACAGCAAAUAUGGCAAACCACUCAGUUCCUGUUUAGAUUAGUCUUAUAUGACUGAAUUUGCACCCGCUAAUCAACAAAAACUGUAGUAGCAGCUUUCGACUUUUUGGCUAAGAAAAAAAAAAUUAAAUUGAAGUGUUAGCUGCUGCUUCAAAAAUCCAACGCUUAAACACUGUUUUAAUGAGUAUUCCAAGCACUAUUUAAACAAACGCAUUUUUAUCGUCAUUUUUACAUAUUUAAAUAAAUAAAAUUCAAUUACCUUGGCAUGCUGUUUAAAGCA